GGCCGUUUUGAGCGGCUCCACAGCGCAGGAAGCCAACGGGGAGGAAAAGCCCCGGAGAUGCCGCACGAGGAGGGGCUGCAAACGCAGCUGGCAGGGAUCUGAGGGGGAAAGAGCCAGCCUGGGCCGGGAAGGCAGCCAGAGACGGAGACGGAGCCAGAGCUCGGAGCUGGUGCUCCAUGAGCAGCUCAAUGAUGGGGAGAAGCACCACACAUGCGUGGGGAGUGUGGGAAGAGCUUCAGGUGGAACUCCGAACUGAUCAAGCACCAGAGGAUCCACACUGGGGAACGGCCCUACGAGUGUGGGGAGUGUGGGAAGAGCUUCAGCCUGAGCUCCGACCUGAUCAGGCACCAGAGGAUCCACACUGGGGAGAAGCCCUAUGAGUGUGGGGAGUGUGGGAAGAGCUUCAACCUGAACUCCAGCCUGAUGAAGCACCAGAGGAUCCAAACUGGAGAAAGGCCGUACAAGUGUUCCGAGUGUGGGAUGUGCUUCAGAGAGAGCUCCAGCCUGAUCAAGCACCUUAGGACCCACACUGGGGAGAGGCUCUAUGAGUGUUCCAUGUGUAAGAGGUUUAAGACCAUCUUCGUUCUCCUCCAGCACUACCGGAUUCACAUGGAGGAGAAGCCCUUCCAAUGCCCCGACUGCGGGAAGGGAUUCAAGUGGAACUCCAAUCUCACCAACCACCGACGCGUCCACACUGGGGAGAGGCCCUACGAGUGUGAUAAAUGCAGGAAAAGGUUUCAGAAUAGCUCCAUUCUCCUCCUGCACUAUCGGAUUCACACAGAGGAGAGGCCCUUCCAAUGCCCCGACUGUGGGAAGGGAUUCAAGCGCAACUCCACCCUCGUCACCCACCGGCGCAUCCACACUGGGGAGAGGCCCUACGAGUGUCCCCAGUGUGGGAAGAGCUUCUCCAGCAGCUCUCACUUGACCCAACACCAACGGAGGCACCACUAAGGGAAGCCCUGUGAGUGCCCUGAGUGCGGGCAGAGCUUCGUGCGCUGCUCCAGCUCCACCCCCCACUGGAGGAGGCACUUUGGGCACAGCCCAGGUGAGCCACAUUCCCUGUGAUCCAUGUUGGGAACACAGCUGGCUGCUUCUACUUUUUGUUUGGCCUUAAUUUUCCUCUACUUCACCUUCAUCCUUUAAAAGCACCCAAAACUGGGUUAGAGGAAGGAAAUUGAUUGAAUAUAUCUCAAGUUCCAUAAUUUCUCAGUUGUUUUAGAGGGAAUUUAGGAUUUGGGGACGUUUUCUGUGUGGAGUGCUGCUGUUGCUAAGAGGCAGGAAUUUAAUCUCACCCUUCUUGUGUUGCUAAGAACUCCUCCCCUGACCCAAACCCCAACUCCACCCUUGGGAUACCAUACAAAAACUCCACGGCCCUUCCUGUGCCCUGUAUUUGGGUGGUAAGAAAUGGAUUCCCAAA